CUAGAGUUUUCCGUAAACAUGGUGCUCUGCUUCAAACGGAUCUCGAAAUGGAGAGGCAGGUGGCGUCGCAGCAGGAGAAAGAAAGAGGAACGGGAGUCACUGCAACAGACGGAGAACGAGUUGUGGCUGGAGUACUUUAGCCCAUAUCUGCACAUCUGGCCGUUUCACGAGCUCUGCACCAGAUUGGAGGCGAAUGUGUCCCAGGGUCUAACCUCGGAGGCAGCUGGUAGAAAGCUGGCCAGGAAUGGAAAGAAUAUUCUGCCACUACCGACCAAACAGGAUUUGCGGCCUUGGAAAUUCCUGAAGAGCUGCUUCAGCGUCUUGGGCAUCAUCAUACUGCUGAGUUCCAUAGCUAGUUUCGCGAUGUAUUACCUAUUUGCAACUGAAACGUCAGACAAUGGAAAAGUGGAUCCGGAGUUCUUGGUAGCGGGCAUAAUCCUGCUCUGCACCUUCUUUCUCGCAGGCCUAAUGGCACAAAUGCAAGGAGAUGAUGACGAAGACAUGCUCAUAGCUUUCGAUGAGCUGAUGCCCAUGUAUUGCACUGUGAUAAGAGACGGGGAAAAGGAGGUCAUCCUCACCCAGGACCUAGUGGCGGGGGAUACCCUUCCCAUUAAGUAUGGACAGCGGCUUCCUGCCGAUAUCCGAUUCUUCAGCACCACAGGCCUGGAGCUGAAUAACGUGGCUCUGACAGGACACUCGAAACCCAUGCACAUCACUCCUUUGGCGAGCGAGGGGCGACAGAGAUACUCCCGGAUUGAGUACAUAAAGGAUUAAAUUGGUUUCUUAUUGGCAAAUGUAUUAUUUCUUAUUGUAUAUUCUAUAAACUUGCUUACUUUA